AUGAAUCCUAGCAUCUCCAUUCCCGAUCGCCUCCCCGUCCUGCCUCUCCCCUAUCCGCUCGUCCUGCAUCCCAACCUCUUACUCUCCAUCAACAUCUCGUACGCCCAUUCGCUCAGCCUCCUCAAGGCAGCCCUCCAGUACUCGACCCUCAAGGAUGACGUCGAGUCCAGCAACGACGCCUCCCCGCGCUCCCGCCAGCAGGGUCGCUCGCGCCUCGACUCCAACAAGCCCAUCAUCAUCGCCUGCGUGCCCACCCUGAGGGCACCUACCGGCACCGCCUCCUCCGAUAAGCCCGCGUCUCGCGCCACCAAUCCAGCGCUGCCCGCCGACUCGGCCGCGCGCAACCUCACCUCUGCCGAAGACAACGACGUUCGCAUUCGCAUCAACGACCUCUACGACUGGGGAUGCGCCGCACGCCUCAUGCGUCUCGUUCGCAACCCGCAGAACCAGACCUGCACCCUCCUCGUCUCCGGCCUCACCCGCGUCCGCAUCGAUCGCUGGCUCUCCAUCCGCGCCCCCCUCACCGCCACCACCAUCGACCCAAAGAGCAACCUCGCCAUCCCAGACGUGCCCAUCCCACUCGCCACCGCCACCGCCUUUGUCGACGACGAGUCCUGGCCCACUUUCCCAGAAGCAUCGCCCGGCGACAUCGACCUCGUCGUCAGGCUCAAGAAGGCCUCUGCAGAGCUCAUCGACGCCAUCGCUCAGCUCAACCCUCCCAGCGACGGCAAUGCCAACACCCCUUCGCCCAUCGUAGGCCCUGCCCUGCCUCUGCUGCCCGCCAGCUUGCUCAAGAAGCUGCGUGGCUUCAUGCAGGACUGUCGCGAGUCCCAGGCGGCUCUCCUCGCCGACAUCGUCGUCGGCACCCUCGGCGGCGCCUGCGAGUGGUCCGAGCGCGUCGCCAUCCUCGGCGAUUGGGACCAGCGCGAGCGCGUUCGCCACUCGGUCGACGUCAUCCUCAACGGUGUCAAGCGCGUCAAGCUCGCCCGUGAGCUCAUCGUCGCGCUCUCCUCGCCCCUCAACCCCAGCAACAAGGAGACCGUCAUCCGCUCCCAGCUCGAGGCGCUCCUCACCCAGCUCGCAGCGCUCAACCAGGGCGUCGCCGCACGCAUCUCCGCCAUCACCUCCAACUCCGCCAACCGCGACGACAACAAGCUCGGCGGCGGCGUCAUCAUCCGUGCGCCCAACUCGCGCAACAACACCAACAACGACAACGGCAGCAUGCCCAUCAUCACCGGCCCUCUCGGCGGUCGACGUGGUGCCAAGCCGGGCAUCAAGGGCGUGCCCGGCGGCGGCGGUCUGCCCGGAUCCGGCGGCGGCGACGACGACGAGGACGAGCUCGCCGAGCUCGCCAAGAAGCUCGACCAGGCUCGUCUCAGCCCCGAGGCGCGCAAGGCUUGCGACAAGGAGCUCAAGCGUCUCGCCCGCAUCCCCCAGCAGAGCGUAGAGCGCGGCGUCGUCAUCACCUACCUCGAGAUCAUGGCCGAGCUGCCGUGGGAAAAGAUCAGCGCCGACCUCGAGCCUGUUCGAGACCCCAACGACAAGGCGGUUGUGCUGCAUCACAAGAGCGCCAACGCCAGUGCAGCCGCCCCGGCCGUCGAAGAAGAAGAGGGCAUCGUCGACCGCGCACGCCGCAUCCUCGACGCAGACCACUACGGCCUCGAAAAGGUCAAGAAGCGCCUCAUCGAGUAUCUCGCCGUGCUCGAGCUCAAGACCACCCAGGCCAGGGAGCGCUUCGAGGCCGAGGAGGACGCAGAGCGCAAGGCAGUGGCGGAGCGUCGCAAAGCCACUCCAUCCGCUUCCACCGACGAAGCGGCGGCCGACGGCGCCGAUGACGACGACCUGUCUGCCUUGGCAGGCGCAGAAGAGGGUGAGGAUCUGGUGGCGCGCGAGCAGGGCAUCUCCAAGGAACAGAUCGACGAUGAGAAGCGCCGCCGACGCAACGAGAAGCUGCGUGUGGGCGACAAGGGCCCCAUCCUCCUGCUCGUCGGUCCUCCGGGCACGGGCAAGACGUCGAUCGCCAAGUCGCUCGCCUCGGCUCUCCAGCGUCCCUUCACGCGGCUCUCGCUCGGCGGUGUACGCGACGAGGCCGAGAUCCGUGGCCACCGCCGUACGUACGUGGGCGCCAUGCCUGGCUCGAUCGUGUCGUCGCUGCGCAAGGUGGGCGUGUCGGACCCGGUGAUCCUGCUCGACGAGGUGGACAAGCUGGGCAGCGGCAAUGGGCUGCACGGCGAUCCCAUGGCGGCGAUGCUCGAGGUGCUGGAUCCGGAGCAGAACCACACGUUCAGCGACCACUACGUCAACGUGCCCAUCGACCUGAGCCGCGUGCUCUUCAUCGCCACCGCCAACUCGCUCGACACCAUCUCGCCGCCGCUGCUCGACCGAACCGAGGUGAUCCACAUCUCGGGCUACACGCACGACGAGAAGACGGCGAUCGCGCGCCAGUACCUGCUGCCCAAGCAGAUCAAGGCGCAGGGGCUGGAGCCCGAUCAGCUCGUCGUUUCGGACGACGUGCUGCUCAAGGUCGCCAUGGGCUACACGCGCGAGGCGGGCGUGCGCACGCUCGAGCGCGAGAUCGGCGCGCUCGCCCGUGCCAAGGCGGUCGAGUACUCGCAGUCCAAGAAGGGCACGCUGCGCGACGACAAUGGCCAGCCCAAGCAGUACGACCCCGUGAUUCGCGAGUCGGACCUGGAAAAGUACCUCGGACCGGACACGUACGAGCCCGAGGUGGCCGAGGCCAACGCACGCCCGGGCGUUUCCACGGGCCUUGCCUACCAAGGAUCGGGUUCGGGAGGCAUUUUGCACAUUGAGUCGCUGCUGCUGCCGCCGGGAAGUGGCUACCUGAAGCUGACGGGCUCGCUGGGCGAUGUGAUCCGCGAGUCGGCAGAGUUGGCGCUGUCCUGGGUCAAGGGCAAUGCAUUCCAGCUGGGCAUCGUGCACACGCGCGACUCGGAAUUCCCCAAGAACGACAUCCACCUGCAUCUGCCGUCGGGCGCGAUUCCCAAGGACGGACCGUCGGCGGGUGUGGCGAUGACGUGUGCGCUGGUGAGUCUUUUGACCAAGACGCCCAUUUCGCCGUACCUGGCCAUGACGGGCGAGGUGACGCUUCGCGGUGUUGUGAUGCCUGUGGGUGGCAUUCGCGAAAAGCUCACGGCGGCCUCGCGCGCCGGCAUCCGCAAGGUGCUGCUGCCCCACCGAAACCGCAAGGACGUCGAGUCGGAUCUGCCCAAGAAGGUGCGCGACGAGCUCGAGAUCAAGUACGUCAAGACGGUGUGGGAGGCCAUGGAGGCGGCGUUCGGAAACAAGCUGUUUGAGAAUGCCGCGCUCGCACUCGAGGCCAACGGAUACGGCCACGAGCACGAGGGCAUCCGCGAGGGCCGCAGGCUCAUGCACGAGAUCGAAGACUCGCGACUCUAG